GUCACCGCUGCAGAGAGUAGCUGCUGAGCUGGAGUGCAGCUCCUGUCCACGGCGCUUCCUCUCCAAGAGCACGUGGCUGAGUCCCGCCGCCGGGGACAUGGACUCGCCACGGAAGCCAGAACCAUCAGCCCUGGAGGGGCCCAGACCCGAUAUGGACCUGGUGCGGCACAAGCCCAAGCGGGGCUACACGCACCAGCAGAUCCUGGCCCUCACACUGGGGCUGAAGCUGGGUAGCCACUCGUUACUCUGGAAGCCAUUCAAGAUCCUCGCCUGCCCCAAGCUCACCUCGCCCCUGGAGAAGCGGCGCUCACUGGCGGAGAACGAGAGGAGCCGUGCCUACGAGAAGGGCCAUAAUUUCAAGGUACAUACAUUCCAAGGACCGCAGUGGUGCAAGUUCUGUGCCAACUUCAUGUGGAGUUUGAUUACCCAGGGGCUCCACUGCACAGAUUGCGGGCUAAACGCACACAAGCAAUGCGCCGGGCACGUACCCAGGGACUGCCAGCCGGAUCCACGGAGGAUAAAGAGGGUUUUCAGCUGUGACCUCACCACGCUGGUCAAGGCUCACAACGCAGAGCGCCCCAUGGUCGUGGACAUGUGUAUCCGGGAGAUAGAGCAGAGAGGUCUCAAGUCUGAAGGGCUCUACAGGGUCUCCGGCUGCACGGAACAUGUGGAGCACGUGAAGCUGGUCUUCGAUCGAGAAGGAGAGAAGGCGGACAUCAGCGCCAGCGUGUACGCGGACAUCAACGCCAUCGCCGGAGCGCUGAAGCUCUAUCUGCGAGAGCUGCCAGUGCCCGUCAUCACUUACGAUCUUUACCCCAAGUUCAUACAUGCAGCGAAAAUGCCAGAUCCAGGCGCCAGACUGGCGGCUGUUCGCCAAGGUCUGCUACUCCUGCCGGCCGCCCACCAGGAGACGCUACGUUACUUGUUGGCGCACCUGAAGAGGGUCACCUUGUUCGAAAAGGAAAAUUUUAUGAAUGCAGAAAAUCUGGGUAUCGUGUUCGGGCCUACCUUAAUGCAACCACCAAGCCGAGAUACUCUAGAAACUCUGAAUGACACGCAGCACCAGAAAUUAAUUGUUCAGCUCUUGAUCGAACAUGAAGACGUCUUGUUUUAAAGAAUCAGAAUGGAGUCACCUUUUAAAGACAGUGAAGUCACUGGGUAUAUUCUCAGGGUGACAUUUUCAACACCGGUACAAAUAUCUUUAAUUCGAUGUUGCACAAUAUGCAUUGAAACAUAUAUGUGUAGUUCCAACAGAGUUUUGGAAAGUGUGGGUUUCAUAGUAUGUGUGACAGAUUUAAUACAAAAAAAAAAAAACCGACUUGGACAAGAAACGUACCUGAAGGAUCUCACAACUUAAAUCAUGACUUGAAGAAAAAUGUAUACAGCAGUCUGUCUAUGGCAGUGUCUCCAUCCCGUUCUUGGGGACCCCCAGACAGUCCAUGUUUUUGCUCUGGGAGCUGGGAGGGAGCAAAAAUGUGGACUGUCUGGGAGGGAGCAAAAAUGUGGACCUUCCAGGGGUCCCCGAGGAGCAGGUGGAGACACACUGCUCUACAGGACUGUCCAGGUGCAAAGAUGUCUUCUUUUAGGAUUCUGAUGCAUUAUUUUGAAAUCAGGGGCUUUCGCAGGCCAAAGGACUAUGCAUUGAAUUUCCGAUGUUAAGUAGUCAACUAUGUAAAAUGUUUAAAAUGCUUAAAAUGACAGACAUCCAUAUUUCAUCUGUUUCACAAAACAAGAUUUAUAGCACAAUGAGUGCAUGAGACAGAGGAGAGCAUGUUGCCUCCGGUCCUCUUAGGAUAUAGGCAGGAGGUCACUGUCACUUACGUUAUUGUCACUUACACUGUCACCUGUACACUGCCUUGUCUUUGAUUAAUCAUCUGUAUUUUCCUUCUCAGUCCACUACAAAAAAACUCUUCACCCACAAGAAAGGAUUGUCCCUUGUAUCCCAGUUUAUUUGGUUAAUAUGUAAUGAAACCUGAAAAAAGAAACUUGCCUUCAGAUGUUUUUUGCAUAAAGCUUAGGUAUGUUUUUAAUCGUGUAAAUGGGUUUUGUUUGUUAGAGAUGUUAAAUGUGUCCCCAAACUGACUGCUUCAAGUGACAGAGUAUGAAAUGACUCACAGUUAGUGUUGUAAGUAUGUAGCCCUACAGUCAUGCAGGUACAGGUAUGAAUCCAGCCUCAGUAUAAAUGCUUGUAUAGA